GUGACGGGAGAGAGUAUGGCUGGUCGCUUCCUUGGAUGGUAAUGGCGGAGUCCGGGGUUGGAAGAUUGUUGGAGGACGCGUUGCGGGUUUUCAGGGAGAAUUACCCGAUGUACGAGCCCAAAGUCGGCGUGGCCGCUCCGGGAAGAGUGAAUCUUAUCGGAGAGCACACAGACUAUAAUCAGGGAUUCGUAUUGCCCGUGGCUCUCCCAAUGGUCACAGUAGUUGUCGGCUGUCAGAGUGCAGAUGGGAUCAUUUCGUUACUUACUACUGCAAAGGAGGCAGAUGAACCAAAGCAACUGGAAUUUCCUGUGCCAACUGAAUCAAAGCCUCUGAGUCCUGGCAUACCUUGCUGGGCUAACUAUGUGAAGGGAGUUAUUCACCAUUACAGGGCGGGCCCACUCCCUGGGUUUAAGGCGGUGAUGGCAAGUAAUGUUCCGUUAGGAGGAGGGUUGUCCAGUUCAGCAUCUUUGGAAGUUGCUAUGUACACCUUCCUACAGCAGAUUUGUCCAGAUGAUGGAGAUUUAAUGGAAAAGGCUCUGGCCUGUCAGAAAGCUGAGCAUACGUUUGCCUCCAUGCCCUGUGGAAUCAUGGAUCAGUUCAUCUCGGUGAUGGGGCAAAAGGAUCAUGCCUUACUCAUUGAUUGCAGGUCUUUGGAAGUUACCCCUGUGCCCCUCAAUGACCCCAAUCUGGUGGUUCUGAUCACAAACUCCAAUGUACGACACACUCUGACAGGAAGUGAGUACCCAACCCGACGCAUGCAGUGCAUGGAAGCUGCAAAGGUACUUGGAAAAGAGAGUCUCCGAGAUGUUUCCAUGGCUGACCUGAAAGCGGCUGAGGCCCAUCUGGAUAAGGAGAUAUAUUGCAGGGCCCGUCACGUCAUCAGUGAAAUCAAACGCACGACUGAUGCAGCUGGAGCUUUGAAAUCCAGGGAUUACCAAGAAUUUGGGAAGCUGAUGGUGCAGAGCCACAAUUCACUGAGAGGUGAUUAUGAGGUCAGUUGCCCGGAGUUGGAUGAGCUGGUUGCUGCAGCAGUGGAUGGUCAGGGGGUCUACGGCAGUCGAAUGACUGGAGGUGGUUUUGGUGGCUGUACAGUUACAUUAUUGGACUCCGCAGCUGUGGAAAAAACCAUCCAGCGGAUAAAGGACAAGUACAGUGGAACAGCAACAUUCUAUAUAACUAAACCGUCCAGUGGUGCCCAUGUACUGAAACUGUAAGAACAUAUUCUCACCAUCUCAACACUAACAAUUAUCCACAUCCCUUCGAUGGAGCCGUGUAACAACCCACAAAGCAACUCUCGCCUGAUUCCUGUAUAUGGAAGAAAUUUUUUGACAAAUGUGAGAGAGAAAACAUUUUUCAGAGAAAUUCUGUCAAUAACAGACUCUGAUGGGUGACAAAAACUGAAACCCCUGACUCCUGGUGAGGAAUCAGAUAUGACCUUUAGUCCAUUGGAUCCCCUGGCUUAGUGUGGAGUAUUGUACAACAGAACCCAACACAGCCAUUAUGCAGAUAUAUUUGGGAGAGCUGCCUGUCAUCUGCAGUACUAUAACUAGUUUGAAGGAGUCACCAGUCUCUUUCCCAGGUCCUCCAUGUUUAUACCAGGGCUGCUUGAUGCAUAUUGGGUUUGUAACUAAAGCAGGUAAGUGGAAUUGAGAUACAGGUCAGCCGUGAUCUAAUUGAAUGAACACAAGAAUAAAAAUCAGGUCAUUCAGCCCCUCGAGCCUGGUCUGUCAUUUGAUAAGAUCAUGGCUGAUUUGAUUGUGGCCUCACUCCACGUUCCUUUUCUGCCCUCAAUCCUUGAGGCCCCUGGUGAUCAAAAAUCUGCCUAACUCAGCCUUGAAUCUAUUCAGUGAAGAUUGCUGGAAUACCUGAAAGGAGCUGAAUAUUCUGUUCCUGUUUCAAUGCUCUUACCAUUUUGUACUUGUCAAAAUUUUAGUGGCUGUCUCUUCCAACACUGCUGGAUGCAGUAGUCUUCUGUUGGCAAGUUAAUUAAGCUUUUUGUUUUGUUUUCUUGGAGAAAUUGACUUUUACUAGAAUGUUACUUCAGGGCACUGGACCCCUCUCUCCCUUAAUAGUGUAUCCAUGUGGCCAUUCUCUGUGUUUGAGCCUACACUGUGAGCAUUGAUAGGUUACUGCUACUGCACAAGGAUUACUUGAUGUCUACACCUGCAGGUCUCACCAGAGCCCACUGCAUUGUGAUCGAGCACUGAACCUAGAACUUUAUUCUGUGAGAUUCAGUACCAACCUAGGCUAUGGACCUAACCCACUAAGCCAUCCAGAGAAGAAUUGAAGUGUUGGUGUGUGAACCAUAGUUAUUGAUGAGCACAUUAGGAUGUGACAGAACUGCUACUUCUUGGUACAUGGUACCAUUUGUCCCAGGUUUUUCUGUUGUUUCUCAAUAAAAUUUAGGGUACAGUUUAUGCAAAUUCACAGUUCAGCUGUUCUUUGAGAUAUCCAUAUUUUCCACUCAAAAAAUCCAGUAACACAAAAAAAAACUUCGUAUGGUGGUCUGAAGUGUUUGCUAUUUUAACCCAAUGAACCUAAAAAGAAAUUGCACAAUACAUGUCUUCCAUGGUACGUAUAGAAGAUGCUCGACAUCUUUGCUUUGGAAACUAUUGUCUGAGGAAAUCUAUGUUUGAAGUUAGUCAGAGAAAUGAUAUCGCCUGCAAAUUCAAACUCUGGCACUGUUCCAUUAGAUCGUGGGUGAUCUAUAAUCGACUGGCAUUAGUUUUAUAACCAUCACUACCUUUACUUGGGAAAAGGUUAUCUAUUUCAGUUUUUAGCAGAGGAAACAGUUUCUUCUUUCACCUUCCAUUCACCACCUAAAACACUCUUGGAUAACCCCUUAAACCUCUAUACUAUUCACAACAGAUUCCAGUCUGUAAUACAAACCAUGCACCACACUGACCAUUCCUAAUGGAGUUGUUUUUAUAUGUGGUGAUUUGUUAAAUUUAAGUACAGUUGCCUUUUGGGGUUGCUUGUACCCCUCCCUCAUUUCCCAAAAAGAAGUUUCCACUCACCUCCUCUUCACCCAGCUUCUGUUUCUUUUCUUGUCUCAGUCGAGGACCGAUCGACUAUCAUUUGAGGCACCGUUGCUGCUGCGAAUGGCCUGUUGACAGUAACAGUAGUAUAGCCACUGGUCUUGUUUAACAUUUGAACGAGAAUCAUGUUUUUGCUGUUGAGUUGGAAAAUACCAAUAAUGGAGCUGACCUGAUUGUUGGGAAUUGUAACAUUGUUUUAUAGGCUUGGAAUUAUUCAGGCCCUGAAAGUGAGGGGCAACAGUGCUAAUAUCUGGAACAUUGUCAAAGUAGAGACACUUGUUAAUAUGUAGCUCAGAAAAAUCAGAAAUUUGGUGGAGAAUUCCUGCCCAGUCACUAAAUGUUGGGAAAUAAUUGUUACUUGGAGAGUUUCAAAUUUUCUGACUUUCAGUUAACAUUACCAAAAUGGUACAUAUCGCGUGUGUCUGUUCCCGAUUUUGUUGCUAGCGAGUUGAGACUCGGUACAAAACCAGAAUAUUUAACUAAAGACUUGAAUUUGUAUAGCAUGUUUCACAAACUCUGAACAUUCCAAAGUACUUCCCAGUCAAAGUCUAUUGUUGAAUAGUCUGUGUUAUUCUUUAAGAAACAUGGCAUCCAGUUUCAAGACUACUGUAACUCAUGACAUGAUUUGGCCAGAUACCAGAAACAGUUCUGCAUAUGCAAUCAGCUUGCAUAGAUCUCCUGCUGCAUGCGAGUUCCUCAAACCCUUUUGUGGUUUAGUAAUAGGUAAAGCUUGAUCAAAUUUAUAUGCUUCUGAAUUUUAGCAUUGCAGAAUUUAAUCUUUAAUUAUGUUGUUUUAAAGAAUGUGGAUUGCCUUGUUUAGAAUGACGAGCCUUACUACUUCUGGGAAUGUUUGAAUUAUUGUCAGUAAACAUUAAGGUACAUCUAAUUUGGCCAUAAAAGGUCAGAGAUUUUCAAUAUGCUAUAGUGCAUAGUUAAUUCAUAAUUUUCAUGGAUAAUAAUCAGAAACUAAUGAUCAGAUGAGGACUGUACUGGCUCCCUCUGUUCAACCUCUUCAGUUGAUUAGAACAAAUGUUUUAAAGCUCUUUUUUGCACAUGAUGAUACCACUCUCCAAUUAAAAAUGUAGUUAUCUACUUUUGUGGUGAGUAAUAAGGAGCCAAUGACCAAGGCCUUUUUUGAGUUAAAACAUGUGUAAAUCUUUUAACUGUUAAAUGUGAGGAAAAUAAUAAAAAAAGCAACAUCAA